CACCGUUCGCUUGCGCACGCUGUCUCUCUGCCUAUUCGUGAUUUAUUGUUUAAAUAGUGUAAACGCAUCCGAAAAACUCGAACAAAAACAACAAUAAAGAACAAACAAUUUUUUUUAUUCGAACUUAUGUCGAUAGCCAAAUAGAAACAACCAAAAAAAUAUAAAACAACAAACAAUAAGUUAAAGAAUAGUUUUUGAAACAGACAGAGAAUUCAGAUAUACAGACGCUGAUUUCGUUCUGUUAUUGCACACAAUUACCAACCAAAAACAUCAUUCGUACAUUAACAGAUCGAAAUAAAGAACGGGGCAGACUCAAUAAUGAUUACCAAUAAAACAAAACCGAAUUCCAAUUUAGCUUAGUUUUUAUUGAAAUUUAACAAAUCUAACAAAUUGUAGGAUAUAUUGUAAACACUAAAGAAAAAUAAAUCAAAAUAAUAACAAUUUAAUUUUCUCAAACGUAAAACGUUUCCAACACGUAAUCAAGUCAAACCAAGUCGAAACUAAAAAGAAUUAAUUUAAAAAAACACAAAACAAAGUAAGAGAAAAAAAAAACAGAAAUAGUUAACAUUUGUCUCGUGUAUCCGUCUAAAAUUGUGAAUGUGCGUGAAUCUACCAAGGAAUUGGAGAACAAAAUUUCACACAUACAAAACAUAAAAACCAUAUAGAAUUUUAAAUAAACAAUUCAUAAUUUAAUGCUUAGGUGAUAAUUUCUGUAGUCGAUUUUCGAAAAUUACUUAUUUAGUACACGUCGCAACGUCGGUAAACUGAUACAAUCAAAUCAUUUAAUCAAAAAAUAACAACAAAUAAGUGUGUGUGUGUGUGUGUGUGCGCCAAGAUCACAGACAACAAUUUCAUCUUAACAAUAUAGCUACCGAACAACAGAAAACUAAUUCAAAAUGGAGGACGGCCAUGCAAAAACCGUCGAUGAGGUUGUAAAUUAUUUUGGAACUGAUACAGAGCGCGGUUUAUCAUUGGAUCAAAUCAAGCGAAAUCAAGAAAAAUAUGGACCAAAUGAGCUCCCUACUGAAGAGGGAAAAACCAUUUGGCAAUUAGUUUUAGAACAGUUCGAUGAUCUUUUGGUUAAAAUUUUAUUGUUGGCUGCUAUUAUUUCAUUCGUAUUAGCUCUAUUCGAAGAACACGAAGAAACAUUCACAGCUUUUGUUGAACCUCUUGUUAUUUUGUUAAUUUUAAUUGCAAAUGCAAUCGUUGGUGUUUGGCAGGAACGUAAUGCUGAAUCAGCUAUUGAGGCGCUUAAAGAGUAUGAACCAGAAAUGGGCAAAGUGGUUCGGCAAGACAAAGCCGGCGUGCAAAAAGUUCGAGCCAAGGAAAUUGUUCCUGGUGAUAUAGUUGAGAUAUCAGUUGGUGAUAAAAUUCCAGCUGAUAUUCGUCUCAUCAAAAUUUACUCAACCACCAUUCGUAUUGAUCAAUCAAUUUUGACCGGUGAAUCAGUGUCCGUGAUCAAGCACACCGAUUGUAUUCCAGAUCCACGUGCCGUCAAUCAAGACAAGAAAAACAUUCUAUUCUCUGGUACAAAUGUAGCAUCCGGUAAAGCUCGUGGUAUUGUUAUUGGAACUGGUUUGUGCACUGCCAUCGGUAAAAUCCGUACUGAAAUGUCGGAAACUGAAGAGGUUAAGACUCCAUUGCAACAAAAAUUGGACGAAUUCGGUGAACAAUUGUCAAAGGUUAUCUCAGUUAUUUGCGUUGCUGUCUGGGCCAUUAACAUUGGUCACUUUAACGAUCCAGCUCACGGUGGUUCAUGGAUCAAGGGCGCUAUUUACUAUUUCAAAAUUGCUGUUGCAUUGGCUGUGGCUGCCAUUCCAGAAGGUUUACCAGCUGUUAUUACCACUUGUUUGGCAUUGGGUACACGUCGUAUGGCCAAAAAGAAUGCCAUUGUUCGUUCACUUCCAUCCGUCGAAACAUUGGGUUGCACAUCGGUUAUUUGCUCCGAUAAGACUGGUACACUUACCACGAAUCAAAUGUCCGUUUCACGUUUGUUCGUUUUUGAUAAAGUUGAAGGCAGUGAAAGUAGCUUCCUUGAAUUCGAAUUGACUGGCUCAACCUAUGAGCCAAUUGGUGAUUUGUACUUAAAAGGAUCGAAAGUAAAGGCAUCUGAAUUUGAUGGUUUACAAGAAAUUGCCACCGUUUGUGUGAUGUGCAACGAUUCAGCCAUUGAUUUCAAUGAAUUUAAACAAGUGUUCGAAAAGGUCGGCGAAGCCACUGAAACUGCAUUGAUUGUAUUGGCCGAAAAACUAAAUCCAUUCAAUGUUAACAAGAGCGGUUUGGAUCGUCGUUCGUCUGCAAUUGCUGUUCGUCAAGAAAUUGAAACCAAAUGGAAGAAAGAAUUCACAUUGGAAUUCUCACGUGAUCGUAAAUCAAUGUCAACAUACUGUAUACCAACAAAACCAUCACGUCUUGGAACUGGUCCAAAAUUGUUCGUCAAGGGUGCACCAGAAGGUGUUUUGGAACGUUGUACACAUGCUCGUGUUGGUACCACCAAGGUUCCAUUGAACAGCACACUCAAAUCACGUAUCUUGUCACUCACUGCUCAAUACGGUACUGGUCGCGAUACAUUGCGUUGCUUGGCUUUGGCCACCGCUGACAAUCCACAAAGUCCAGACACCAUGGACUUGGGAGACUCAAACAAAUUCUACCAAUAUGAAAACAACCUUACAUUCGUCGGUGUUGUCGGCAUGUUGGAUCCACCACGUAAAGAAGUUUUCGACUCAAUUGUUCGCUGCCGUGCAGCUGGUAUUCGUGUCAUUGUCAUUACUGGUGACAACAAGGCCACCGCUGAAGCUAUCUGCCGUCGUAUUGGUGUAUUCACUGAAGACGAAGAUACCACUGGUAAAUCAUAUUCUGGUCGUGAAUUCGAUGACUUGCCACUUAGCGAACAAAAGGCCGCCUGUGCACGUGCCCGUCUCUUCUCACGUGUCGAACCUUCACACAAAUCGAAGAUUGUUGAAUUUUUGCAAGGCAUGAACGAAAUCUCUGCUAUGACUGGUGAUGGUGUCAAUGACGCUCCUGCCUUGAAAAAAGCCGAAAUUGGUAUUGCUAUGGGAUCAGGUACUGCUGUCGCUAAAUCAGCCGCCGAAAUGGUGUUGGCUGAUGAUAACUUCUCAUCUAUUGUAUCUGCUGUUGAAGAAGGUCGUGCCAUUUACAAUAACAUGAAACAAUUUAUUCGUUACUUGAUCUCAUCGAACAUUGGUGAAGUUGUAUCAAUUUUCUUAACUGCCGCUCUUGGAUUGCCAGAAGCUUUGAUUCCAGUACAAUUGUUGUGGGUCAAUUUGGUCACUGACGGUUUGCCAGCUACUGCAUUGGGUUUCAAUCCACCAGAUUUGGACAUUAUGCAAAAACCACCACGUAAAGCCGAUGAAGGUCUUAUCUCAGGAUGGUUGUUCUUCCGUUAUAUGGCUAUUGGUGGCUAUGUCGGUGCAGCCACUGUUGGUGCUGCCUCUUGGUGGUUCUUGUUCUCUGAGAAUGGUCCACAAAUGACAUACUGGCAAUUGACACAUCACUUGUCGUGCAUUGGUGGCGGUGACGAAUUCCGUGGUAUGGAUUGCAAAAUCUUCAGCGAUCCACAUCCAAUGACCAUGGCCUUGUCUGUAUUGGUAACAAUUGAAAUGUUGAACGCAAUGAACAGCUUGUCUGAAAAUCAAUCACUUAUCACAAUGCCACCAUGGCAAAACAUGUGGCUCAUCGGUUCAAUGGCACUCUCAUUCACUCUUCACUUUGUGAUCCUUCACGUCGAAGUCCUUUCAACCGUCUUCCAAGUGACACCACUUACCGGUGAUGAAUGGGUGACUGUAAUGAAAUUCUCGAUUCCAGUCGUUCUCCUCGAUGAAGUCUUGAAGUUCGCAGCACGGAAAAUUUCAGACGGUACGAAUCCAUUGUUUGGUUUACAGUGGAUAGUUUUAAUGUGGGCAGUGUUUUUUGGUUUGAUUAUUUAUGGCCCAAUUUAAUUUCUCUACUUUAAAAACAAAUCACCUUAAAAACAAAGCAAAAAAAAAGUAAUCGAAACCACAACACAACUGGUUGAGAUAGCAAUCAAAACAAACCGACCUAUUAAUUAAUUUACUGAUUAAGAUUAACAAAAUCACAACAAGAAUCGAAUACAUAAACAAACAUUGUGUACACACAAAAAAAAGUAUGAAAAAAACCCAACAACAUCAGAAGCGAGCAAGAAAUUGGAUGAAAAUCCAACCGAAUGGCUCAUAAUACGGUUUUCUUUUGUUAAAAUAGCUCAUUUAAACAACAACAACAAAUAAUUAUUUAUACAACAUUAUUAUUAUAUGUGUUAAUAUUAAUAAUAAUUAAUAUAAUUUGCAUUAAUUUAACGACUACAAUUUAGCGCGCGCCUUUAACAUUAGUUUAUGCGCAUCAAUGAUACAAACUCUAAACGAAUGAUCAACUCUGCCAAAAUGAAUGGCCCACGCACACGAGCGAUAUAUACAUUAAAAUUAAUCCACCAAUUGAAUGAAUUGAGUAAACUAUUUAAUUUAAUAUAUGAGUCCAGUUGCAAUAUGAGUAAUUGAAUGUUCGAUUUGACCGGGGAAAUGUGUUGUGGAUAAAAGACAGAGUGUGAUGUAAAAAUUCAUAUUUAGCAAAAUUGAUCAUUCGGCGAACAUAAAUCGAAUACGACAACAUUUCGAGUAGAUGGGCACUGAUUGCGCAACCGAGACAAAUCCUUCUUAAUCAGACUGUACAAUUUAUUUGCCAAAACCAUUUUAAACGAUUCUCUUCUAUUUAGAGUUCUGUCUCGGUUCCAGGCUGUCGAUAUAAAAGCUUUGAAAUGCUGUAAAUUUCGAUUUUAGUUCGAAAAGUCGGUUGAAAUAAUUUUUUUUUUCUUCAGAGAAUGUUUUCCAAAUGAGAAUAAGAAAACACAAAUUUUUUACGCAAUAA